UUUAAUUAGAAGGAAAUUAAUUAAAGAUAGAAUUAUAUAUGGCUGAUUAUUCUUCUUGUUCAACAGAAAAUAGAAAUUUGUUUACUCCUUGUGCUGCGUGUAAAUGUCUACGUCGCCGAUGUUUGGAAGAUUGCCUGUUAAAGCCUUACUUUCCACCAAAUGAGCCCAUGAAAUUCAUCGUCGCUCAUAAAAUAUUUGGAGCAAGCAACAUCAUCAAGGUGCUGCAGGAUCUUCCAGCAACACAACGAGGAGAUGCAGUUAAUAGCCUUGUUUAUGAAGCAAAUGCAAGGAUGAGAGAUCCAAUAUAUGGGAGUGCUGGUGUAAUUUCCCAUCUUCAUGACCAAAUGACUAAACUCCAAGCACAAGUUGCUCUGGCUCAAGCUCAAAUCUCUAAUUUACAAUCUCAAAAUGCUAAUUUGAUGACUUUAAUACCCUACCAACAAUCAUUAUCAGAUCACCAUUAUACAUUUCAAAAUUCAACCCCUUUGUCAUAUGAUAAUAAUACUGAUAUUUGGCAUCUAGGUGACACAACUUGGAACUCUUUCUGGUCAUGAUGACAAGAUAUAUUCAUUAUUUUCUAAUUGGGGUACAUAAUAUUUGAAAGGAUUGUGAUGAGAUGGAAAAUUAAACUCUCAUCAACAAUCUUUUUUAAUGUAUGUUACAUCAUUUUUUAUUUAUUUUAUAGAUGAUACUACAUUUAAUUACAA